AUGAGCAAUCAAGGCACCUAUCAGGCGGGCUAUCAGGCUGGCUACCAAGCUGCGCUCCUGGUCAACUCUCAAGCACAACCUUCUCAUCUCAAAACCCAAGCUCCGUAUCAGCCCCCAGUAUCCUAUCCUCCUCAAGAGCCCCAAAUCAAGCCAAGACCUCAAUUGCCACUUCGACCGGCGAACAGCACCCCCAAAACUCGAAACAAUCCACUUCAGCCAUAUUCAGCCCAACCUUAUCCCCCACCACCACCGCCACGGCCCCUACUCGCCCCCCAACCACCCCAGAUCUGGCAACCUACCCCCGGCACGACCUGGAACUACAUCCUCUCUCAUCCCCUCAACCUCUCCCCCUCCCCACCCUUACUCCCCCUCUCCAGCGCCGAAGUCUACAUCCUCGACCUCUUCGACACCCCCACCCCAACAAUCACCGCCCUGCACGUCCAAGACCGCAAAGUCGUCGCCUACUUCUCCGCCGGCAGCUACGAGAACUGGCGCCCGGACGCCCGCAGCCUCGAUGACAAGAUCAAUGCCAACAAAAAGACCCUCGGUAAGCCCAUGGAUGGCUGGGCUGGCGAGCGCUGGCUCGAUGUGCGCAGCGAAGCGGUCCGCGACGUCAUGCGCCGCCGGCUGGACCUCGCGCGCGACAAGGGCUUCGACGCCGUGGACCCGGAUAACGUGGACGGAUACGACAAUAAGAACGGCUUGGGGCUGUCGCGCGCCGAUGCGGUGGACUAUGUGCUCUGGCUGGCGCGGGAGGCGCACGCGCGUGGCUUGGCGUGCGGGCUGAAGAACGCGGGGGAUAUCGUGCCGCAGGUUCUGGGGCACGUGGAAUUCGCCGUGCAGGAGCAGGCGCUGCAGUUUGAUGAUGUGGAUGCGUUCAUGCCGUUUGUGCGGACGGGGAAGGCGGUGUUCCAUGUCGAGUACCCGAAGGGGGAGAAUGCGGAGAGUAAGAAAAUGAAUACGCUGGUGAGGGUGGAGGGGCGGGAGAGGGAGGCGGCGUUGAGAUUGAGGGGGGAGGGCUGGAGUAGUAUUGUGAAGAAUGUCAAGUUGGAUCAGUGGGUGCAGAUGGACUGA